AUGAGGUCGAAGAAGAAGCAAAGAGACGAGAUGGAGGCAAUAGAUUAUUGGAAUUGGAGGAUGGAGAAGUCUAGGAUGUCGACGAGGAAGACGAGGGUGAGUAUUUCAUUUUCUCCACGGCAUUUGGCGGCGAUUCCCACCGAGGAAGCGUUCACCAACCGCCAGAUCCACCCGAUUUCCCCCUAUUCAAUCGGGAUCUCCUCAACCUGA